UUGAACAUGAAAGCGCUCGUUGUAUUUGCUUUGGCCUUGGUCUACGUCUCGGCAUCGGUUCAUGAAGAUCAACCCGAUAUUUAUCAUUAUAAUGAGCUACAGGAUAUUUCCAAUGUUGAAAUCAUCAACGGACAUAACGCUUCGCUCGGUAAGUUUCCCUAUCAAGUCAGACUAUUUAUCAAGACAAGCAAAAAAUGUAUCGGAUGCAGUGGUUUGUUGAUAAACCACAAUUGGGUCCUGACUGCCGCCCACUGCACGAACGGUUCCAAUUCUGUCGUAGUGCUAUUGGGAGGCAUUGAAAGUUCUGAUUUCCGGGCGAAAUUCUUAGUCAAAUCAAAAUACAUAAUCAUCCACGAAGAUUGGGAUGAUCAAUUCAACGACAUCUCACUUAUCAGGAUUCCAUACAUUAAAUACUCACGAUACAUUAAACCUGUCAAUCUACCGAAAAUUCAACGAUACUAUAAGACUUACGUUGGUUUUAAGGCUAUCGCUACCGGCUGGGGAAGAACAUCGAAUGCUUCUAACUCAAGUCCCGAAAUACUUCAGUACGGUACAGUAAAUAUCGUUAACAACAAAAACUGCAGCAAUUCUUUUUACUUCUUAACUUCUUCCCAAAUGUGCACUUCCGACUCGAAAAUAUCUCUUUGCUUAGGCGACUCCGGUGGCCCAUUGGUGAUAUUGCCCAGCAAGGUCCAGGUCGGAAUAGCGUCCUUCGUUUCAAAAGGUUGCUCUAAUCCCAAUGGCUUCACCCGCGUAACUAGUUUCCUUAAAUGGAUCAAGCGCCAUACCGGUCUGCCUUUGUAAUCUGAUAACAAAUAAAUAUGUUCAAAUUAGAAUAAGUCAAAUCUAAAAAAAAUCUGGGUA